AAAAAAUAUAAGCUAAAAUAUAAGUAUUAUUAAUGAAUAAAUAUAGACAAUGAAUAAUAGGAAUGUUGUACCCCUAUUCAUUUACAUACUUUUAGACGAAGAUGAAAUAAGAAAUCACAUGAGGUUAUAUAGAAGACAACUUAGGGAUGCACAAAAUGCGUUUGAAGUAAUAACAGAUUCAGAAUUUAGGAAAACCUUCCGAUUUAACAAAGAAUUAGCUAGAGAUCUCAUCAAUACUUUAGAACCUAAUUUAACCAGUAUCCGGACGACUGCAAUACCUCCCUAUUUAAAAGUAUUGGCUACUUUACAUUUUUUGGGGCAUGGUACAUACCAACAUGGUGUUGGAAGUAUUGCAACAACUGCACUGAGCCAACCCUCAAUAAGUAGGGCCAUAUAUACA